AAAUAAAAGCGAAUAAUUAUAAAUACUUGAAAAAUAUUCGAGUAUAAAUAGUAAAAGUUAAAUAUCAUACAUAUUAUAUUUAUCAAGUUUUAUUCACAUUUCAAUAAUGAAACUUAUCCUAGUCAUUUCACUAACUAUUUUAUUAGCGUUAAAUGUGACUGCAUCCAAAAGUAGUCAACAGGAACUAAUUACUGAAAGUAUAAAAUUGUGGACAACAAUUAGAAAACUUUGGUACCAAUUUCAAACAAAAUGCAGAGUUAAAAUUUUAGAGUAUCUUCAUGAAGAUGACCUAGGUGAAAAAUUAGCUGAUAUUUUAAAGAUUUAUGUUAGACGUUUAAAUGCACGUCUGGACCAGCGUUUAUCAAGAGAAGAAUAAAUAGUUUUGAUGAUUAAAAACAGACAACUUUCU